AUGCAUGUUCCCACAGCCAAAGAAGGGGAGAACUUUGUCGACGUCCUCAUCAUCGGCGCCGGCAUAUCUGGAAUCAACGCCGCGUAUCGGAUCCAGUCCCAACUUCCAGACCACAAAUAUGUCAUCCUCGAAGGCCGGGCUGAGAUGGGAGGUACCUGGGACCUGUUUCGAUAUCCCGGCAUCCGCUCCGACUCGGACCUGUUCACCUUUGGCUUCGCCUGGCACCCGUGGAACCAGGACAACCCCAUCGCCGAGGCGUCGGCCAUCAAGGCGUACAUGAACGACUCGGCGCGCAUGUUCGGUAUCGACCGGCACAUCCUGUUCCACCACAAGGUCCUCUCGGCCUCGUACUCGUCCCGCGACAAGCUGUGGACCUUGUCCGUGGAAUACAAGGGGGCGGUCACGACCUUUGUGACGAAAUUCCUGAUCUUCGGCACGGGCUACUACGACUACGAACGGCCGCUCAAGGCCGACAUCCCGGGAAUCGACCAGUUCCAGGGGCCCGUGGUGCACCCGCAAUUCUGGCCCGAGGAUCUCGACUAUGCGGGCAAGAAGGUGGUCAUCAUCGGCAGCGGCGCGACGGCCAUCACGCUAGUGCCGUCGAUGGCCAAGACCGCCGCAAAAGUGACCAUGCUGCAACGCAGCCCGUCGUACAUCGUCUCCAUGACCAACAGGUCCAAGUCCAUCUUCGCCUCGGUCCUGCCGGCCAGGGUCAUGUCGCUGUUCACGCGGCUCCGGCUGAUCGUCAAGUCGCGGCUCUUCUACCUCUUCUGCCGGACCUUCCCACAACUGACCAAGCGCCUCCUCGUGCGCGGCGUGCAGGGACAGAUCCCCGAGACCCUGACGGUCGACCCGCACUUCUCGCCCCGGUACAAUCCGUGGGACCAGCGCCUGUGCCUCUGCCCAGACGGCGACUUCUUCGCCAGCCUCCGCAGCGGCAAGGCCGAGGUGAAGACGGACGUGAUCGACGGCGUGCAGGCCGACGGGAUCCGCCUGCGGUCGUCGGGCGAGACGCUGCCCGCGGACAUCAUCGUGACGGCGACGGGGCUCAAGCUGCGCCUCGGCGGAGGCAUCAAGCUCUCCGUCGACGGCGCGCCGUUCGACCUGGCCGGCAAACUGAUGUGGCACAUGGUGCUGAUGCAGGACCUGCCCAACGCGGCCUUCCUGCUCGGCUACACCAACGCGUCGUGGACGCUGGGCGCCGACGCGUCGUCGCUGUUCCUCACCCGCCUGCUCCGCAUGAUGGACCGCAGGGCCGUCGGCGCCGUCGUCCCGCGCAAGCACGCCGACGCCACCAUCCAGCCCCGCAAGUUCCUCGACCUCGACUCCACCUAUCUCCAGGCCGCGGAGAAGGACCUCCCCAAGACGGGCGACCGCGGCCCGUGGAAGGCCCGCACGUAUUACCUCGCCGAUCUGAUCUUUUCGAAGUAUGGCCGCAUAGGGGAGUCGUUGGAGAUGGUCAAGGCUAAUUGA